AUGCCGCCUCCUACAAUGCAGACCAGCGCGCAGGCUGCGCCCCCUGUUAUAGCCCCUCAUGAAACGACACGGACAUCGAUCGGGGCGAGAGAGAGCCUACCUACCCAUCGCAGUAGCUCAGAGAUCCAGCCGUCACGCCACGGCCACCAGAAAUUCGUCUUCGCCGACCCGAUCGCGCUCCGAUACCUCGAAGAAGACCCCUCGACGAUCGUACUCCACCGACGGACGGUAUUGCAGGGCUACGAGAUAUACAUUGUUGAGCAAUGGGCUUGUUCGAGGAUCCAUCCGACUUUCAUAAUCACGACGUACACCGGGGAUGUUUCGCACAAGGUCACGGUUGGGGUGUUGAGCGUCCCCACCGACGAGUCGACGUGGUCCCCUCGUCUACAGCUGUACGUCAAUGCUGUCACGCAAUGCCAAGCACGCAGGAAGGAGACCCCGCUGGGAACCCUGAUGGUGACCGACCUGAACGCUUUUCCAUCGGCCCUGACGGUCAUCCCCGUGCCUGGUGGCGACGUGCUGAAACACAAGGAUGACUUCAUUGUGAAUGAGAAUCUGAAGCGGUUGAAUUGCUCAGGUCGCGCGGGCUUGAAGCUACAGCCCCCGGCGGCUGCGACCGAAGCCAAGUUCCACCAGCUUUAUCGGACGAGCGAGAGAGUGCCAUUGUACAGUGCGGUCAUCGAACUCGUGAAGCAAUGUCAGAUUGCACUGUUGAUGUACGGCAACCUGGCCCCAGAAUAUGUGGAUGGACUGUUAUGCGACGUGACGGAGGCGGCUAUCAGUGACUGGUGGAACGACAUAGGCAUAGACCUGUAUAACAUCGAGCCGAGUGAUGGUGCCUUGGGACCGACCUCUGUCGCAGCCUUACUCGGGACUCUAAUGGGAGCUAGGAAUCGGCUCCACGCUUUCGGUGCGCCUGUCGGGAAAGAUGCGUUCGAUAUUCAUAAUCUCAAAAGGGGCAUUAGCAGCUUUCAAAAGUCGCAGAAGCUGAAACGAACGCGGAGACUGGACCGCCAGACCCUCGACAGACUGCACCGGGUAACUGCAAAGGCGGCAAACUCCGAAGGCUGGACGGACGCCGUCAAAUCGACCAUGGCCGAGCUGAGCGGGCACGGCGGAGAAAUGGUGAUGGGCAUGGUGCGGGGGCGAGAGAAGGCCGGUAUUGCCGACAUCGAAACGCUGGAUGUUGACAACUUUCCGCAUCUGGUGAAAGGUGCUCGAGCCAAGUGGCUGUGGAGGGGAAAGGCGCGGAAGGGUGACGAUAACUUCACGGGUGGACCGCCAGCUGCAGAUAUGAUGUUCACCACCGAUGACCAGGGCGGUUAUGUCUGGACAAGCCGCAAACGACCCUCCUACGAAGACUUUGGUAGCGAGCGACCCUUGCAGAGCCCGGGUCUUCCGACGAAACAACCGGAGUUUGCCAGCGCGCUGGACGAAAAGGAUCAGAACUUAGGCAAAAUGGUUCGACGGGGUGUCAGUGGGAAGGUAUCCGACGCACGGAUAGGUUUCGGCAGAUUCAAGGACGCCGUGGGAUUUCGGUCACAUCUACCGAAACAGGCCAAAGAUGGCGUGGAACUCAUCGGUGACGCGGCCUAUAUCCCGGAAGAAAGCGAUACGGAGCUAUCGCAUUCCAAGCCUGGUGUCGAGGGUGGCCUUCCUCAAAUCGAGCUCGAAGGUGCCCAAGAAGGCGAGGCUCGAGCUUAUCAUGACGAUGCAGCGGCCGAACCGCCAUUGAACACUCUCCUACCAAGAUCUUCCGAAUCCCGAACCCCUGCUAUCACGAUCGAUCCUGCCGCACCCAACGAUGGUUCCGAGUCGUCCAAUAAAGUAUCCCUCAGCAGACCAGACGACGAACUCCAGGAUCUGGAGCGCUGGAGGACAAGAUCAACCGAUGCAUCGGGCGACCGCGAACAGACAUUUGAGUUGGGUUUAAUGUCGUUGCGUCGACCGCAAAGCUGCCCGGACAUCAAUAUCGAGGAUGACUCCGAACAAAGGAAUCGCCAUUGCCCACGCCAUCUUUCCUUCAGCACCGUCGAGGACGUUGUGUUGAGCUGGAAAGAACUCGGAACCAACGAAGGCCUUCUUGACAAGUCCGAUGCCACCUUCGAAGAAGCCGUCGCCCAGGAAGACAUGCUCGCCAACGACGCACGAAUCUUCAGCUCACGCAUCCAGGAGCUAGGCGAACGCACGGUUCCCUGGGUGGAGAAACAAGUCGACUCCGUCGACGACCUGAACCGGGUUCUAUAUCAAAGCCACGAGCAGAUCAACACCGAGUACAUGGACCGAAUGAACCAGUAUCAGGAAAUUCGAGAUCGAUCCAGCGACUUGCUGACUGAGGAGCAUUCGUCGCUCACAGACCACAUGAGACGCGUGGAGAUGAUGGGCGCGAAACUAGACUACGAGCUCAAUGUGCUGGGCUCGAAGGUUGAGGAUGUCGAAACCGGGCUCGGGGAGUUUGAACGACAGGUGGCUGAAAUGGAGUCGAGAGUUCAGGCGUUAAUUCAAGGCGACGAGGAAAAACAGAGCAACUCCUGGCUGAAUUGGCUCGGCGGACUGAUAGGCUUUUCGACCUGA